UCAUUCCGUCAUCUUCUCUUCUCCCAAGAUAACGUCCACUCCGCGCCAUGAACAAUGAGCUCGUUCGUGUUACGAGCGCCAGCUUGAUAAGCAACGAGCUCGCUGUGGUUCCUUUCACGAGCGGCAGCGCGAUCAACGAUGGGUUCGUUCAUGCUACGAGCGCCGGCGUCCGGGCACGCGGAUCCCGCGGCCUGCAGAUGUCGCCGGCCCUCAGCGGCAUCUGGGACGAGGCGGCGCAGCUUUACCAUGUCCAGGGGCGCCUGAGAUCCGUGCUCGCCGCCGCAGAUGGGAAGGAGAUCCAGAACGAGCAGUUGGUGCGAUAUCUCAGGGAAGCCCGCCAUCAGGAGUCCCAGAGCGAGGACCUCCUGAGCGAGCUGGUGUACUACCGCAUCCAGGAGGAGCUGGAACCCGGCGAGGGUUCUCGGAUGGAUGAAUCUCCUGGUCAACGGCACGCUCCGCAAGAUCUACAGCCUCAAGUUCAACUGUUUGAGGAAGAAGAAGAUUCAGGGAUUGGAAUUGUAGACAUGGAACAGGUUGCAGGAGACACAGCCGAAGAUUCAUGUUUUAUCAGAGAACAUUCAUCUUCUGUUGCCCUUCAAAUUGUGCCCUAUGUUUCCAACCAAAUGGUCCCUGCCAACACUGAUCAGGAAUUUUAUCUUGAGCUAUCAUAUGAGAUAAAAGAACACAUUGAGGCAUGCAGGAAUAUGACAUGGAAUCUAGGUGAGGCCCUUAUGUUUGCAAAUCUGGAUGAUCGUAUCAAUAUUGUGCAGAAAGACAAGAGCUCAAGUACUGAUUCUCGAGAGACAUCAGCUUGUCCCACCAAACUUAAAGUUUAUGGUAGGGACCAAGAGAGGGACUUGAUAAUAAGAAAGUUAAUAGGUGAAGAAUCUGAAGGGAGAAACCUCUCAGUUCUCGCCAUCAUAGGCGAUGGUGGCGUUGGGAAGACUACUUUGGCCAAGGUGGUAUUCAAUGACUCUGCUGUGUCAAAGCAUUUUGAUAUACUGUCAUGGGUUUAUGUGUCUGUCUAUUUUGACCAAGCUAAGAUUAUACACAUAUUGCUGGAGUCUUUGAAAGUUGAAAAUCAUGAAAACAUCAAGGGUUUGAAGGAUCUGCAGAGCACCCUAGAAUCAACACUGAAAUCGAAAAGGUUCCUAAUUGUUUUGGACGAUAUGUGGGAAGAUAGCCAAAAGGAAAGCUGGGAUGAACUGCUAACUCCACUUCUUACCAAUGAUGUCGUGGGAAACAAGAUUCUGGUCACAACGAGAAAGCCAUCAGUUGCAAAAUUGAUUGGAGAAACAGAUCCGAUUGUUCUGUUAGGUUUGAAGCCAGACGACUUUUGGGACUUAUUUAAAGAAUGUGCCUUUGGUAAUGAGAACUACAAAGGAGGACGAAAACUGGAGAAAAUCGGUGAGGACAUAGUUAUCCAGUUAAAGGGCAAUCCUUUAGCAGCAAAAAGUGUGGGAAGAUUGUUGAGAAAGAAGAUUAACGUUGCCUUCUGGAAAAGAGUUCUGGAUGAGAGUGAAUGGAAGCAACAGUCAGAUGACUAUGAUAUCAUGCCAGCCCUGAUGAUCAGCUACAAAUACUUACCGGUGCACCUCCAGCGGUGCUUCUCUUACUGUGCUGUUUUUCCAAAGUAUUAUAAGUAUGAGAAAGAAUGCUUGGUCAAUAUAUGGAUAGCCCAGGGUUUGAUAUAUUCCACUGACAUGCAUAAACGACUGGAGGACAUUGGAAGUGAGUUAUUCAAUGACCUAGUCGAAUGGGGUUUUCUCCAACAGGAAUUUGAAUUUAUGAGCCGGCAUAUCAUGCAUGAUCUCAUUCAUGAUUUGGCGCAGAAGGUUUCAUCCCAUGAGAGCUUCACCAUAGGGGAUACCAAGUCUCAGAGAACACCACAGUUUGUUCGUCAUGUCAGUGUUUUAGCUGAAUGGGUAUAUAAGACAGAAAUAGAUGGCACUGUGCACCCUAAUCAGGCUUUCCUGCAAAAGUUUUCUAAUUCCUUCCGUGAGUUGCAGAAAAGGAACUUGAGUACACUAAUGCUAUUUGGUCCACAUGACCUUGAUUUUGCAAACGCAUUUCGCCAAGAAUUCAUUGAGGGAAAGUCAGUCCGUGUGUUAAAAUUGGACAUGGUAAUCUCAGAUUUGGAUUUCAUGAUACAGAACAUCUCAUCAUUUAUCAAUCUUCGCUAUCUGGAGUUGGGCUUCUUUUAUAAGGGUGACAGGUUGGAAUUGCCGGAGGCUAUAUGUAAGCUUCAUUAUCUGCAAGUACUGGAUAUAAAGAAGAACUGGGGAAGUAGCACAAUAUUACCGAGAGGCAUGAACAAGCUUGUUAACUUGCGCCAUUUUAUUGCUGUGGACAAGUUACAUGCACAAAUAGCUGGAGUUGGGAGUAUGACUGAUCUUCAAGAGCUCAAGGCAUUUUCUGUCAGAAAGACAAGUGAGUUCAGUAUAAAACAACUGAAAGGAUUGAAUCAGCUUAGAGGAUCGAUUAGCAUUUGCUAUCUUGAUGAUGUAGAAAGCCAAGAGGAGGCCAUCGAAGCGAGAAUCUCUGACAAGGUCCACCUUACUGCUUUGCACUUAUCAUGGUAUGGUGUGUCUGAGGACAGAGUUCUUACUAUUAAAAGUAAAUUACCAAUCCUGGAGGAUCUUAAACCACACGCUGGCCUGAUAAAUCUGAGAAUUACAGCAUACAAACAUCAUAUACCGUCAUGGUUCAGCAACAAUAUUCAUCUCACCUCACUGCGGUCACUUCAUCUGGAUAGCUGCUAUUGCUGGGAAACAAUUCCAACACCCGACAUGUUGCCUCUGCUCCGGGAACUCCGUCUGAUCAAUAUGAUUCGUGUUUCUGAAAUAGAGAUUGGUUGUUUGGAGAUACUCGAGCUACGCAAUUUGCGGCGUUUGAGGCAGUGCAAAGUUUCGGACAAGGAGCAGCUAUGUGUGAAUCUGCAAGUUCUUGAAGUAGAUGACUGCAUUGCAUUGAAACAGUUCUCUUUACUCUUUAUCCAUGAAGAUGUGCAAAACGAAUACCAGUUUACUCAUCUUCGCAGGCUUCGGGUACGCGGUUGCUUCGGUGACAUCAGCAUCUCACAACUUUUGCACAUACAAUCUUUAGAGGAUAUAGAUUUAUUCAUGAGACCAGAGUUGGACGAAUUUCGCCUUGAACCAUCUGACCCAUUAAAUGUGAUGCGCAUGGAGAUCAAAAGAAGUGGAUUUGUUCUGAGCAAAGAGGAAAGUUUGUUCCAAUCGAACAAACUCAGGGAUUUAGUGGAGCUUAAAAUUACAGAUGAUCCAAGUCUGAUGAAUCUAGCAUGGUCAGGCCUCCAACAGUUGGCAUCAUUGAAAACAUUUAAGAUGAGUAACUGCCGCAAAUUGUUUUCUAGAAUACCUGAGCUCUCUCUGCCGCCAUCAGUCCAAGAACUGGAGUUUAAUUGGUGCAACAUCACAGCAAAACAAUUGUCGCAAGUCCUUCUGAGACUUCCGUUACUCAAGAAAUUCAGUUUAACUAGCUGUGAGGAGGUGACAUCCUUACCUAUAGGGCUGUUUACAGAUGAAGAGAACCAAAUGACGGAAAGCUCUUGGUAUAUCCCUCCCAACCUCGUCACCACUCUGGAACUGUUACAGAUCUCAUUUAGAACAAGUUCUCGUCGGAAAGAUAGUUCAGAAAUGCAUUUUUCCAGCAAGCAAGGCCUCGGCAAGUUCAACUCCCUUAAGAAAGUUGUCAUUGAUGAUUGUCCUACUCUCUUAUCUACUAUUAUGUCAGGAGCGUCUCAGAUUCCUCCAUCUUCACUAAGCAUACUCCAUGUGGAAGAAAUCAAAAACAGUUGUGUGCAGUUAUCAGAACUUUCUUCUCUCAUUGAACUGCAUAUCAUUCAUUGCGAAUUUUUGACAUGGUUCAGCCUGGAUUCCUGCGCUGCCUUACAAGAGCUGUGGAUUGCAGGAUGCGACCUGGUAUCAUCACUUGAAGGCUUGCAGUCCUGUAAAGCAUUGCGGGAGUUGAGCAUCUAUGGUUGCAAGUCAAUUUGUUCAUUCGGAGUAUCGCUCAGCUCUCUCACAACACUAAGCAUAAAGAACAAUGCUAAUUUGUCAUAUCUAGACCUCGGAGUAUCACUCAGCAGCCUCACAACACUGAGCAUAGAGAACAAUCCCAGUUUGGCAUUUCUAGACCUGAAUUCUUGUACGGCAAUGCAGAAACUAUGCAUUGAAGGGUGUGCUACAAUGUCAUCAUGGAAAGGUCUUAAAAGCCUUAGUAGUCUCGAGUACUUAAAUUUUGAAAAUUCUCCAGGCUUUACAAGAUCAUGGCAAUUAGCGGCGUCCCAAGUUGAGAGCGAGCACAGCUACUUCCCGCGAAGACUACAAGUGCUCAUUAUCGACAACAUUGGUGUCCUAUGUGUGCCCAUAUGUAGUCAAUUAACCUCUCUGAAGACACUGACCAUUCAUGGAUCUCUUUAUUUGCGGCGCGACUAUGCGGACAGUUUGACAGAUGACAACGAGAGAGCACUGUUACUUCUCACCUCCUUGAGAACGCUUGAGUUCGAUAAGUUUAAGCAUCUCCAAUCACUGCCUGCUGGACUCCAGUGCCUUACAUCACUGCAAAGACUGAGUGUUAGCAAAUGUGAACUCAUCACAUCCCUACCAGUGGGGGGUUUCCCAGCUUCGCUCAAGGACAUGGAAAUCCAUGCCUGCAGCAAGGAGCUUACUACACUAUGUCGAGAGGUGUGUAGAGUUCAGAAGAUAUAUUUUACCGAUGGCACAGGAGAUACGGAUUAGCUUUAUUUUAACAUAUGAAGACGUGGUCAUAGCUCUGGUUUCUAGCCUGGGAUCUUGUUUGGGCCUUCAAAGCUUCAGAAUCAGGGAAACCAAGCAGGCUUAGGUUGGGUAACAUAUGGAGAGACGCUCUAGUAAUUGCACGUAAGAUUUAAAAGACUGAGGAAGAGAACUGGCACAUCUUUAACCAUUACAAUUUAUAGUAUGUCCUAUUGGUCAAUUUGGACUUGGGUAACCCUACCUGACAAGUCAUGGAGGCCCUGCAAGCUGAAGUGUUAAUUUCCUGCUGGCUGCUGUCAUAUCUUAGUUUAUAUUGCUGUCAGAUGAUUGCUAGAAGUGGUAGUAAUUGUUAUAGUAGCAGUUGUCUCUAAGUUUGCUUUUUGUUAGGUUUCUGAAACAGAGGAUUCCUGAAGUGUGGAAUUCUGUUUAUCUUGUUGAUAAUCAUUGACUUAAUUUUACUCAAUGAUGUUUUGAGACCUACUCUACACUAGAACCGUUCUUUUCCGGUGAUAAAUAGAUCAUGGCA